AUGUGCCUAGCGGCCGGCAGCACCGGCGGAUGUGGACGGGACAAAGCUGUUGUUGGAGAUGAGAGGCUGCGGCUCGGUCUCCCAGUGCUUGGACACGGAUGGUGGGGGGAGAGAGAGGAGGCUCUGUUGGGAGCAGUCUGUCGACCUCCUCCUGAAGCGGGGGCAGCCAUGUCCCAGGUGGCGGGUUUUCGAGUGGGAGCUGAAUUCUCAAGCUACAGCGAGCUGCACCGGGAGUACCGACGCUACCAGAGAGAUUGCUCCGUGCAGCUGUGGACGAGGCACUCGCGGACCAUCGAGGCCCAGAGGCGAAGGGCACCCAAGCGCCCAAUGAAUGAUGCGCUGAAGUUUGCUGAGAUCGACUACGCUUGCAUUCACGGGGGCAAGUUAUUCAAGACGAAAGGUUCUGGGAAACGGCCGAACCAGAGAACCAACAAGAUGAAGUGUCCCUGCGUUAUUAAAGUCCGCCUCUCUCCUGACGGAGACAAGUUUGUGGUGAAAGAGAUGAACGAAUCGCAUAACCACACAGUGCAGCAGGUAAAAGCAGCACACAGAUACCAGCCAGGUGGAAAUUUUGGACCCGCCACUGCUUCAGAUUGUCGGGCAGAACAGGAGAGGCUUCCGCACCAAAGGCGCCUUGUCAAAGCGCUGUGUGGGGAUGUGGCUUCUAUGGUCUCGCUGCAGAGUAACGGAGCCGGUGUCAAAGAGCAGCUGGGGGAGGUCGCAGGCAAAGUGCUCAUCCGGCAGGAUGUCCACAGCCUCGUACGCAAGGACAAGUGGGCCAGCUCCAAGGUCCACAAGACUGACGUGGAGAAGAUGGUGCCCACGCUGGCGGCUGUCAAGGAUGGCACUGUGGUGGUGGUUGUCAGCAAGGCCAAUGUGCUGCAGGCCAUCUACUACCAGGACAGCAGCAUGAGGCAGACCUUCGAGAAGUUCCCCGAGGUGCUGCUGAUGGACGCCACCUACAGCUGGGAGGGCCUGCAGCUCGCCACGUACCUGCUGCUGGUGAUCGACGGCAACGGGGAGAGCGAGCUGGUGUGCCUGUGGUUCCUGCAGAACGAGGAGCGCGAGACGGUCCGGCAGCUGCUGCGCAUCUUCAAGCAGAAGAACCGGGCUUGCGAGAGGACGGUGGUGGUGGUGACCAGUGGCAAGGUGUGCAGCGGGGAGGUGGUGUCCGACGUCCUGCCUCACUGCAAGCCGCUGACCUGCCUGGUCCACAUGCUGCGUGCCUUCCAGGACGACGUGACCAGCGAGAAGCUGCACGUGACCAGUGGGCAACAGAGUCAGCUCCUACAGAUCCUGCACAGCAUGUGCUACGCGGCCUCGGCUGAGGAAUACGACCUCCUGUACCGCCAGCUGCUGGACACCAAGAUGCAGCGAGCCACCGAUUACUUCCGCAAGACCUGGCAUGAGUCUCGGCACCAGUGGGUGGAGGGCUUCAAGCACGAGAACGAGAGCUACCUGACCAGCACUGUGCAGCGGGUGCAGGCCCUGAGCCAGAAGCUGAGGGCCGCGGUUGGCGACUUCACCGACGUGCCGUCCUUCACCCGGGACCUCCUGAAGGCCAUCGACUCGCUGCGCACCGAGUGCGACCUCCGGGCGGUGCGCAUGUUUCAGAAGGUUCCGCCGGCCGGCCUAGAGGCCGGCUCCACCGCCUCGGCCUAUGGCGACCUGCUGACCGACUUCGCCUUCUCGCGGGUGCGGAGGGAACUGGAGGAGGCGGAGGGGGUUUCCUUCCUCGGCAUGGAGCCGGAGUCGGCCAGGCCUGUCUGCCGGCGCCGGGCAAUUGUCACGGACCAGGCCAGCUGCCAGUGCGCCUUCCGCACUGCCAUGAGGCUCCCCUGCCGGCACAUCCUGGCCUUCCGGCGGCUGCGGGGCGUCCAGCUCUUCGACCCCUCUCUCUGCUCGGACCGCUGGACCCGGGAGCACUUCCUCCGCCACCACCCGAUGCUCUCUGGUGGCGAGCCAUCCCCAGCCUGCUCUCCCCAGCGCCAGUCCCCCCGGGAGCGGCCCAAGGUUCAGCAGGAACGAUACAGCCAGGCCUUCAAGGUAGCUCGCAAACUCUCCUCGCUCGCUGCCCAGUGUCCGGCCGAAGAGUUUGGCAGGUGCUUGGCGGUCAUGACGGCUGUCACCAACAUCUGGGCCAGAGGUGGCCAGGUGCAAGUCACCGAAGUUAAUGUGACUGGUGCGAGAGCGCAAGGGUCAUCUGCUGCAGCCACUGAGACAAGUUGAAGAUGUGUGUACGAACUAAUUUCGGAACUGACUAACAGACAAUGAGAGCUGCUUAAAGUCACAUUGAUUCCCAAAGGUUUGAUGAUCCCAGGAAUCAGGAUCUGGAGUUGCUUUCUCUUCGCACCUCUGGUGUGUGUUGUGUGCGCGUGUGUGUGUGUGUUUUUGUGAGAGUGUGUAUGUGCGUAUGUGCAGAUGCAUUGAAUGGACACACACACAUCCGAUCACCAUUCAUGGUGAGCUAUUGGUCGUCCUUGGAUUGAACCUUGAAUUGAGUUAAUCUGUGGACUAUGACGGUGAAUGAGAUUUGACAGUUUGUCUUGGACGAGAUUUUAUUAUGUUCUCUGCACCCCGGAGCCAGUUCUGCCAUUCCAUGGAUAUCAUAAUCUGUCCAGCAGGAGGUUUGAACAGCAAACAGGCUGAUUUUUUUCCUUCCCUCAAGCUAGCAAUGGAAGACUGAUUGAGAUCAGUUCAUUCUCUGCAGGUUGGGAAUGGAAUGUGGGACUUGUCUAGUCAGUCUGAGUCCAUACAACCUCUUGCCUUCUCUUAUCAGGCCCCUGCUGGGACUAUGAGAGCCUGAAAUGUUCAGGAAGCACAUGGAAAAUGUUGGAAAUAAGCAGCAGCUAUGAGAGGGUUCUGUGAAGGGAAGAGGUUGUGGCAUUGAACCAGUGUUUUUAAACUUUUAUCAACUUUUAGCAGAUUCUUUUAUUGAUUGGGAUUGACAUUUUCUAUUGUAAAGAAUGGUAUCAGUUUGGCUGAGUUGCAGGUGGAUCCAUUUCUCAGUUACGUGGGUGAGUGUUCAACCUUGCCUCCUCUCAAGAAUUUGAGCCCAUAGUCAUGACCAUCACUCGAUACAGCGAUGAGAGAUGUACUAUGAAUAGUAUGGGCAUGAUUUGACCCUAAUUCCCUCCCUCCAUCUACCCACUGCUACUGAAUCCAUCUUAAAACACAUCUCUUGGGCACCUGGCCUGACAUUUCUUUCUUCAGCUUGUUAAGGUGUUGGGCAUCUCUCUGCCCAGACUGGAUCCUUUAUCUCAACUUGUGAAAUGUUUGUGCUUGUGUUUGCCUAUUGGAUCAGCACUCGGACUGCGAGAAUGUGGGUCACAGCCUCAGAUUUGAUCAGAGUUUUUAAAUAGAUUUAGGUUUUAUAUUUUAAGUUUUACUUAGCUCUCUUCAUUCCCCUUCAGGUUAACCCAAAGUGCUUUAAAAGUAACUGUGGCUACCAGUUUGCAGAGUGAAUAACAAUGUGAUAACGGCCAGGUAAUCUAGUCAAAAAUGUAGAUUGGUGACCAGGACCCUGGGAUACUUCCUCACCUCCUCCUUGAAUUAGGACCAUGGCAUCUGUUACGUCAGCCGUUGUAACUCUGGUUCACGUCCUAUUGUAAGUUCUCCCUCUGUACUGCACUGGAGAGCCAGUUUAGAUUCAAGAUGCUGGAGUAGGGGUGAUUCAGAAACAGUGGUGCUGCUGACAUGCAAGCGUCAAUAACUUCUGGAGACACGAGACUGCAGAUGCUGGAAUCUGGAGCAACACAAAAUGCUGGAGGAACUUGGCGGUUCAGGCAGCAUCUAUGGAAGGAAAUGGACAGUCAACGUCGACUGUCAAUUUCCCUCAACAGAUACUGCCUGACCCACUGAGUUUCUCCAGCACUUUGUGUGUUGCUGUCAAUGAUUUCUUGUAUGAUCUGAGAGGCGAUUCGCAAUAGUAACCCCUGUCAGAUUGUGAUAAUGUCAAUUAUCUGUUGGAAUCUGUUUGAUGGGCAGGACUGAAUGGAGCAUUACUUUGGAUGGGAGGGGUAGGAGGAGGACCAGUCUGGCCAAGUACACCCUUUGAGUUAGAGGGAGGUUCAUUUAAAGUGGUGAGAAAGCCUCGGCUAGGACAUAGGGCGAGGGUGCAUGGAGUGCCUGAGGGACAUCAACUGAGUGAAGCCCCCGUUCAGGGAGCUACCUGGCUUUGUCUGUGGUCCGCACUCCAUUAGCCUAUCUCAGCUGAACACAAGUGUCUUGACCCAGGCCCGUUGCUGGUGACCGUAGACCUGGAUCACAGACAGUUGGCCAGGAAACUGUGGUUAGUGGCCAUGGUCUCACCUCCACGGAUCAGUGUUUUGCUGAGCUUGGAGUGUUUUCCUGCACUUGUUUCUGUGAUACCCAAGUCCCCUCACCCUGAUCCUGAUGCUGAAUGAGGAAGGUAAGUGAUUGUUCCAUUGCUUUGUGCUGGCACCCUCAGGCAGGGUACAGGCAAACUUCGCGAGGAUUUGUGAUCAGGCAUACUCUGUUUACGCACUACUAGUGCAGUGUAAAGCGAUUUGACAGGGUCUGGAAUACCCACAGACUGCGAUCAACCACAAAGCCAGUUAGGAUGCCUGUGGUGCGGAAUGUUGUCCAGAGCACCAGGAGAAGCCUUGAGCCCUGCAGUGUCCACAUUCUUCAGUAUAUCCCAGGAGGGGCCAGAAAUAUUGGGCUUUCCAGAAUCCCAGACUCGACUGUGAUGGGACCUUCCCUCUCCAUCCAGACCUUGGUACUGUUAUCCCAUUGGGAUAGCAUCCAGAAUGUGUUUGGUUUCAGCACAGCCCAAGUUACAUAUGGUGAGUUUCUGGAUCUGGAAGAAUCCACUGCACCAACCCAGCCAAAAGUACAUUUCAGCAUCACGCACAUCUUUCACUUCCCUUCCCUCUGUCACACACUCCUCAGUGACUUCCUUGUCUCCAUGUGUCAGUGUCUGGCACUGCCCCUAGUAUAUAUGCCACUGUCCCCUGUUCCCCCAGCUGCAGUGCUUCAUCAACCUAACCCCUCACCUCUCCCCCCCCCCCCCCACAUCUCCACUGCAAACCAACUGAAUCUCCAGGGGAACUGUGCAGUGGCUGAUCUGCGCACAAAGUGAUUCUUACGAACGAAAACAACUUUUUAAAUUAAUAACUUCUUUGAAAAAUGCUCAAUCUUUUUAUGACAAUGUUUAAACACAUCCCAUUGAUCCUCCUUGUUAAAAGGCCUGAUGUGAUUGUAAUUGUUCAUAUUUUUAUCAUUAAUAAUGAAACUAAUGAACCCUAGAUGCA